GCACGUUCUUCACCAAUCCUCCCGAUGACCGACCCAUUAUCAAAUUCUCUUAAACCCAUCAAAUAUCAAGCUAUAAACAACCACCACACCCUAAACCCAAUUCUCACAUGCUUUUCUCCUUCCUCUGACCUCUUCCAUAGCCUUCCUGUCUUCUUCCCCAAGAAACCCUUGCGCGCUCCGCUACAUUUUGAGUCGGACUCAAUUAUGAUUCAUAUAUGCAUUCUUCAUUUCGUAUGCGCCGAAUAUCCAGCUAUUGUUACAGCCCUAAAAUCAAAUUGAAAAGGGAAAAAAAACAGAGUAUUUUUGUUGUCCGAUUGGAUUGGAUAAGCAUGGUUCUCCCGCUUUUGAAGCUAGGUACUCUGGCUGUGAAAACUCUGAGCAAACCCCUGGCUAGCAGGCUCAAGCAACAAGCUGGGUUGCACCCCAGGUUCCGCCAGCUAAUCAUUAAUCUCGCCCAGGCAAACCAUCGAAUUACCACAAAAAUGCAAAGACGCAUCUACAGUCAUUCAACUGAUGUUGAGAUUCGUCCAUUGAAUGAGGAAAAGGCUGUUCAGGCUGCUGUAGACCUUAUUGGCGAACUCUUUGUCUUCUCGGUUGCAGGAGUUGCUCUGAUAUUUGAAGUGCAAAGAAGUUCCAGAUCAGAAGCCAGAAAGGAAGAAUUACGAAAGCAACAACUGGAGACACUGAGGCAAAGAGAUGACAACUUAGCAAGAGAAGUGGAACUCCUUAGGAAGAAACUUGAAGAACUGGAACAGCUUGCCAAGGAACGAGGACUUGGUGGUUUUUUCCAUCUCAAGCGUGCUAAUACAGAGGGCGAAAAAACCGACAAACCAGCUUGAUCUACUUACAAGAUCAUCAAAUAAAUUAUAGUUACUCUAUUUUCUUUUUUUCGGUUUAAUUUGAUUUCUCCUCCAAAAAGAGAAGCGCUCUUCUCUCCAUUCUUUUGCCAGUUGUGUCAUUUCUCAAUUUGAGUUCUUGCUUCCAUUUUUUCCAUGUAUAGAUGAAUACCAUAAAUAUUGAGCUUCUGUUUGAGUCACUAAAAUUGGGAGUAGGGAAGUCAACAUUAACUAAGGUAUGUUGGACUGUGAUGGGUGUAGUGGUCUGCUAAUAAUUCUUGAAAGCUUUACAUCUUUUGAAA